AUGGUUGUCUUCGGAAGCAUGCGGCUUCCUCUUCUGUUGUUGUUGCUGCUGAACGCAACAUUUGGUUCGGCACACCGCUGGUUCAACUGGCAGUAUGAGGUCGGCUGUGAGUCCGAUACCUUCAUCGCACCGGCAGAUGAAACCGGUGUUACCGACUUCCUGAAGAAGGAGUUCCCUAAGCAAUCUCUUAUCAAGGUCGUCGGUAAUGGCCACGGUUUUGGAAACUUGACUACCUGUACCAACAAGGGUUCCACCAACAAAACUUCUCACAUCGUCAGCCUUACCAACUUGAAGAAGCUUGAGAUCAACAAGGACAUGACCGUCACCGUCGGUGCUGGCUGGGAUGUCUAUGAUCUGGUGAAUGAACUGAAGAAACGCAACCUGUCCUUUGACUAUCUCGGUGCCAUGCGUGUCCAGAAUAUUGUCGGUGCUAUUAGCACCGGUACCCACGGCACGGGCCAGAAUAUCACCAACAUGGCAACGCAGGUCGUUUCUCUCCGUGUUGUUGAUGCUCGUGGUGAUAUCCGUACGAUCGACGCACAAAAAGAUGCUGAAGAGAUGAAGGCGUUUCGUAUUAACCUUGGUGCUCUCGGCCUGAUCACCGAAGUCACCCUCAAGGUUCAGCCGACUCACUUCCUGAAGAAGACCACAAAGGUGCUGAAUGCCACCACCGACUACAACAAGCUGUACACGGAGCUUGCGGAUCUCUACAAGAAGCAUGACCGCAUGACUGUUUGGGGACCUCACUUCAACUGGGACGCCAAGGCUGAGGACUGGGUCAUCGAGCCUACUUUCUACGCCAGCUGGUGGGAGCCGACCAAUUACACUGGCGUCCGCAACUGCACCCUCAACUACUGCGCCAACGGCUGCGGUGACUGCAUCAAGGACUAUGUCUGCUAUGAUGAGACAAGCGAUGCAGUGUCGUGCCCUCCCCAGGGUAUCUGCUCGAGCCAGUUCUACGCUGAGAUUGAGCACUUCUUCCCCAUGGAGCAUUUCGUGGACGCCGCCGUCAACUACACUAAGUACCAGCAGGCACAGACCCCGAAGAUGAAGGGCUUCGAGAACGAGAAGAUGAUCUUCCAGUUCCGUGCUCUCAAGGGCGAUGACUCGUAUAUGUCCCCAGCCAACACCUACAACCUCGGCUCCGAGAAGAGUGGUGUUUUCGGUGUCCUGGAGAUUGACUGGAUGCAAAAGGUGAACCACUGGGGUACUUUGUACAACAACCAGCAGUUUGCCUAUGACUUCCAGGAUGAGUUUGGCUCUGUGUAUAAUGCCCGCUCGCACUGGAACAAGAUGUCUCCCAACGACCCCAAGCACACCUUGGCUAUCUUCCCUAAGCUUCCUGAGUUUCUGAAGAUUCAAGAGCGCCAGGACCCCAACUGCCAGUUCGCCAAUGAGUUCCUGGUGAACCAGCUCGGUAUUGAGCGCUGCCGGUCCGCACUCAACCUGUAG